AUGCCAGGCCCUAACAAGCCAAGUUGCCGUUCUUCCCUCAUUCUCAUCCUCGUCCUCCUCUCCCUCUUACCAUCUUUCAAUGUGUCACCGACAAUGUCGUGGACGGUAACGGUAACGUCGCCGGUAACGGCGACGGCGGCGAAAGUAAUCGGAGCGGAGAGAGUUACUUACAAGUCCCCAGAUCCGAACGAAGAGGAGAACUUAGAAGCUGCGUUAGGCAAGAUUAAAGCCCCAGUUCAGGCCUUAACGGUGCCAACCCUCCGAAAGACUCUAGCGGAGCAUUCUCGCGUCCUUGUAGUGUUCUUCAAUAAGGAGGAUAAGGCGUUUCCGUUGCUCGUGGAUGACGUCUCCGGCGCGAAACCGGAGUUGACUAAGCUGGGUGUGACUGUAGCGAUGGUGGAUGGAGUCGCGGCGGGCGAAAGCGUUCGCGAAGAGUUCAAGGCGUAUGGCGACAUGCCGAAUUUCGUGCUCGUCAGGGACGGAGUUUUCAGACCCAUCAGAGGCUACCCCGAGAGUGACGAGCUCAUCACCUUUGUGAAGAAGCGCCUUGGGCUGUCGGUCACUGACGAGCUCGUCACCUUUGUGAAGAAGCGCCUGGGCCUGUCAGUGACCCACCUCUCCGCCUCGGAAGCACACAAGGCACACUCCCUGCUCGCUGCUUCCAACGCCAUCGCCCUCGCCCUCCUGCACUCCCUCAAGGUUGGUGUGUGCGCCUCGCCUCUCUGUCUGCCCAGUCUGUCUGUCAGUCACCCACCUCGCCACCUCAGUCGCACACAAGGCACACUCUCUGCUCGCUGCCCAUCGCUGCUUCCAGCGCCAUCGCCCUCGCCCUCCUGCACUCCCUCAAGGUUGGCUGGUGUGUGUCUCCUCUCGCUCUGCUCUUCUCUCUCUGCUCCUCGCUCUCUGCUCGUCUCUCUCGGCUGCUCUCUUUCUCUGCUCCUCUCUCUCUGCGCGUCUCUCUCAGCUGUUCUCUCUCUGCUCCUCUCUCUGUUCUCCUCUCUGCCCGUCGCUCUUCCUAUCCGUCUGUCAACCGCUCUGUCAACCGCUCUGUCAACCGCUAACCUUUCUGUGCUGCACACUCACAACACGCACCCUCUGCUCUCUCCCUGCUCCUCUCUCUCCCUGCUCCUCUCUCUCUCUGCGCGUCUCUCCCUGCUCCUCUCUCUACUCACCUCUCUGUUCCUCUCUCUACUCACCUCUCUGCUCCUCUCUCUGCUCCUCUCUCUGUUCUCCUCUCUGCUCGUCGCUCUUCCUGUCCGUCUGUCAACCGCUCUGUCAACCGCUCUGUCAACCGCUCUGUCAACCGCUCUGUCAGCCGCUAACCUUUCUGUGCUGCACACUCACAACACGCACCCUCUGCUCUCUGCCCUCUCUACUCUCUCCAACGCCAUUGGCCCUGAGACAGAAGCUUUUGCGGCAGCUUCCCGCGACAUUGGCCCUGAGGCAGAGGCUUUCGCAGAAGCUUCCCGCGACAUUGACGAUAUCGAGUUUAUCGCGACGACAGACGCUAACAUUGCUGCAGAGUUCAGGAUUGUGAGCAAGGAGCGGCCGACAGUGGCAGUUAUUAAGAAGGAAGAUGAGAAGUUCGUGGCUCAUGACGGUCCCUUCACCAGCAGUGCCAUUGCCGCCUUUGUAACGGCGAACAAGCUGCCUCUGGUUACCACCUAUGACGAGGAGAGCCAGUACACGAUCUUUAACAGUGACAUAAAGAAACAAGUGCUGCUUCUGGCAACGAAUGGGACCUACCCGCAGCACCUGCCAGUGGUGAAGGAGGCUGCCAUGCGGGUGAAAGGACUGGCCCUCUUUGUCUACAUCAACAGCGACCUCCCGGAAUCAGAACACGCUCUGGAGUACUUUGGCUUCAGGCACGGCGAUACUGCGGUAAGCAUGGGUUCGGUGCGGUGUGCCGUUUCCAAGAACUUGCCUCUCCAUCCCUCUGCUCUGCCCACUCCCGCUCCUCUAUCAUUCCCUCCUCACAUCAUGGGCGUGGUGUCCAAUGAGACAGAUAAGGUCAAGUUUGAGUUCAACGGGCACUGCGCUCCCUCUACCUACCUAUGCUUCUUUCUGCCUCCCAUCUACUUCUACCUACCUCUACUUCAGCUCAAGAGGCUCUUUGCUCUGCUUCUACCUACCUCUCCUUACCUCCUUCUGCCUCCCAUUUCCCUUGGCCUGCCUGCCUCCCUCCUCACAUCAUGGGCGUGGUGUCCAAUGAGACGGAUAAGGCACCACCAACCGAUUCAUCAGGCUUCUGCUCGCGAGCUUGCCGCUGAAGCACUGGAGUCAUUGUUUUCUGUCCCGCGCCCUCUUAAAUACACGCCAACUCCCUUGAUAUCUUUUCAAAUCACUGAUUUCUUUCUCCCCUCUCACCGCUUUCUCAAACAUGCGCCACCACAGGCCUUUGCUCGUGAGCUUGCUGCCGACCGUGUGGAGCCUUAUUACCUCUCCGACCCCAUCCCAGAGAAGAGCCCUACUACCUCUCCCUCCUUCCCUCUCACUCUAUACCUCGCCUCUGCCCUCUCCUUCCACCCUGCCUGCACUCUUCCUUCCCGCCUCAAACAUCAUUGCGUGCAGAAUGACGGGCCAGUGCUGACGGUGGUGGGGAAGAGCGGAUUCCAAAUCCUCUCUCAUUGCACCCCUUCCUCCAAUGCGUGCAGAAUGACGGGCCAUCCUCUCUCAUUGCACCCCUUCCUCCAAUGCGUGCAGAAUGACGGGCCAGUGCUGACGGUGGUGGGGAAGAGCGGAUUCCAAAUGCUGACGGUGGUGGGGAAGAGCGGAUUCCAAAGUCCCAGCCUCAUUGCUCUGUUCUCAUUCCCCAUCCAUCCCUCUCACUCCGUGAAUGACGGGCCGGUGCUGACGGUGGUGGGGAAGAAUUUCAAGGAGAUCGUGAUGGACAGAACCAAGGACGUGCUACUCAAGGAGAUCGUGAUGGACAGAACCAAGGACGUGCUACUCAAGAUCGACGUGGAUCACUGUCAGGACUGCACAGACUUCGACCCCACCUUCAAGAAGCUCGCUCUUAAAUUCUCUGAUGUGCCCUCGCUCGUCUUUGCGCGGAUGAAUGCGCGCAACAACGAAUACCCGGGCCUGGAGGUGUCGGCCUUCCCCACGCUGCUGCUCUACCCCGCCAAUCGCAAGUCUGAUCCGAUCGACACGCACCACACCCGCCUCGGUCCGUUGACCGACUUUGUUGUGAGGAACUCGGCCAUUCCGGUUAAGAUGCCCUCUGAGGUGCCACCUCAGAGGCCGUCCCAGCGCUCCAGGUCAAAGGAGGAGGCGGAAGAGGAGAAGGAGCUUCGCCGCAGCUCAUUGACUCACAGGCAGCUCCACGUGGCCCUCAGUGAGUCUCUUUCCCACCUCUCUCCUCCCUCCCUUUCUCUCGUCCUCAACCCUCAGGGCCCGAUACCCGAGCGCCUGGAGACUGUGUGUUUGGCGCACGCAAUACCAGCAGUGCACCAGCUGACCGGCCCCAUACCCCAGCGAUUGGAGACGGUGUGUGUGGCGUACGCGGUAGCAGCAGUGCACCAGCUGACCGGCCCGAUACCCCAGCGCCUGGAGACUGUGUGUUUGGCGCACGCGGUGGCAGCAGUGCACCAGCUCACCGGUCCCAUCCCCCAGCGCUUGGAGACUGUGUGUUUGGCGCACGCAGUAGCAGCAGUGCAUCAACUCACCGUGCGAGUGCUCUGGCUCUCAGAUGAGCCGCCAGCAAGCCAACAACAGCCGCAGCAGCAGAGGCAGAGGGCGGGCAUGCCAUACGUGCCGUUCUCAGCCCUGUUUGAGCCGGCGCUGACGGUGGUGGAGACGAAUCUCUCCGCUGCUGACGCCACCAGGCGGUUCAUCCACGAGCUCUUCACUCCCAAGGCGGUGAGUGCAGUGCGGUUCCGUCUUCCUCCCUUUUCCCCUCGCUCUAUCUCCCUCCCUUCCCCCUUCCAUUCCUCUCUAGCCCCCUCGCAGCACCAGUACGACCCGUGCUUCCAAGACACAAGUGCUACGCGUCUGGUGUGGGCGCACGUGCAGAAGUGCUACGCGUCUGGUGUGGGCGCACGUGCAGAAGUGCUACGCGUCUGGUGUGGGCGCACGUGCAGAAGUGCUACGCGUCUGGUGUGGGCGCACGUGCAGAAGUGCUACGCGUCUGGUGUGGGCGCACGUGCAGAAGUGCUACGCGUCUGGUGUGGGCGCACGUGCAGAAGUGCUACGCGUCUGGUGUGGGCGCACGUGCAGAAGUGCUACGCGUCUGGUGUGGGCGCACGUGCAGAAGUGCUACGCGUCUGGUGUGGGCGCACGUGCAGAAGUGCUACGCGUCUGGUGUGGGCGCACGUGCAGAAGUGCUACGCGUCUGGUGUGGGCGCACGUGCAGAAGUGCUACGCGUCUGGUGUGGGCGCACGUGCAGAAGUGCUACGCGUCUGGUGUGGGCGCACGUGCAGAAGUGCUACGCGUCUGGUGUGGGCGCACGUGCAGAAGUGCUACGCGUCUGGUGUGGGCGCGGCUGCACCCCUCACCUUCCGCUGUUGCUGAGUUUGUGUUGCUCUCUUCCAUCUCCCCCUCCUUGUCGCCGCCACCCACAGGAGGACUGGCAGGAGGAGCGGGUGGGGUGUCUGGUGUGGGCGCACGUGCAGAAGUGCUACGCACGGCUGCAGCCCUCCCCUGCUGUGGCUGCUAUGGUGCGAGAGGAGGGGUUGAACCAGACGCGAGUGGACAGCAGCAUUGGCGUGUACCUGGAUGUGAGUCUGCAGUGCACGAGGACACGCGUGGAGGGCAGCAUUGGCGUGUACCUGGAUGCCACCCCCAGAGGCACCUGCCCCGGCUGUCCCUCCUCUCUCAAUCCUUCCGACUGUGCCGCCCGGACUCUCGCGCUCACCAUGCUCCACCGCCCGUCGAUCGACUUCACGCUCGGCUCCGCCGCCCAGUCGCACCCGGCGCACAUCGUCUCUUUCUUUGAUGCCGACCGCGCGCCGUACGUGUCGCCGUCCGCCGCGUUCCGGGCGGCAAACUGCGGAGAGAAGCUGGUGCAGGCGAUGGGGGAGAAGGGGGAGGGGGCGGCUGAGAGGCUUGCAGAAUUGGUACUGACAUGCAAGCAACGAGAGGCGAUGGGGGAGAAGGGGAAGGGGGCGGCUGAGAGGCUGGCAGAAUUGGUACUGACUUGCAAGCAGCGAGAGUUGGCUGAUCUCUUUCUGCUCGCGCAAACCACCGGGCUGGUGGUGAUGGAGCCCAGCACGCUCUCAGACUUCAUCGCAGCGAGGGGGAGGCACCGUCUCCCCUCCUUCCGCCUCUUCACGCCGCUGUGCCUGGCUGAGCGCGCCUGGCCCAUGACUGUUCAGCCAUUCGCCUACUUCUUUGCUGUGGAACCAACCCUAGGCAUAGCCUACUGCAGCAUGCCCAAGGUCGCCUGCACGGGAUGGAAGAUGUGGCUGCGAGCCAUGCUCGGCCUGCCCAAACCCCGAGACCCCUUCCUCGCACACAGCCACAAGACCUCAGGCUUGGGAGACCUCUCACAGAAAUACUCAGAAAAGCAAGCCACAAAGCUCAUGACACGCCGCACCAUGUUUAAAUUCACGUUCGUUCGGAACCCGUACGUGCGGAUCGCGUCGACGUACCUGAACAAGCUCGUGAUCACCGAUGCUCCGGAGAGGAAGGAGGGGUGGGGGACGCGGAAGUUUUGGAACCAGGAGUUUUUUGGGACCGCAAAGAGGAUUCUGGAUUUAUUGAAGGAUCCGGCGACGGAUCUUGUGAGCUUCCCGGAUUUUAUUCGGUUGUUGGAUCAUCUGAGGCGGACGCGUGUCAAGACGGACCGGCACAUCUCCAGACAGGUGGACAUUUGUGGCCUGGCGCACGUUCAGUAUGACUUUGUGGGUCGAUUUGAGCACUUGGAGGAGGAUGUGAGGCGGGUUACAGCGAGGUUCAACGACUCGCAUCUUGAUAUUUUCAACUUCGGCAAGUCGGUGCAUGCGACGAAUUCUGAGGCGCAACUCGCUCGGCUUUAUGACAGGGAUACGGUGCUGACUGUUUCUCGCAUAUUCAAGAGUGACCUCAAUGUUCCCCUCAACAACAUAACAUACGACAUGCCGGAUAUUCUGCGGAAACUUGUGGAAGGUGGUGCAAGUGGUGACACCAAGGUGCAAUGA